UGUUAUACCCUAAUUUAAUUAUUUGACAACACGACGAAACGUUGUAUGAAAGGAAAGAGACUGUUCAGAGUCCAGUUCAGCCAAAUGAUUGCGUGACGGUUGAAGCAAGUAACACCAAAACUCAACGAACAAAUUGAAAAGUUUUCAAUUUCAAUUUUCAAUCCCAUAAUCUGAGCAGGGUUGGAAGAAAAUGGCAUCGGAACCUGGUCAAACCCCCAAUCCAUCUUGGUUCACGCCCAAAAGGCUUCUUUUGAUAUUCUGUGUGAUUAACACGAUCAACUAUGUGGAUCGAGGAGCUAUAGCCAGCAACGGUGUCAAUGGAGCACUUCCAACUUGCACUGACGACUCUGGUGUUUGUACUGCCGGUAGUGGAAUUCAGGGGGAUUUUAACUUGAACAAUUUUCAAGAUGGGGUCCUGUCAUCUGCAUUUAUGGUUGGACUUCUAAUUGCGUCUCCAAUUUUCGCUUCUCUGGCCAAAAGUCACAGUCCGUUUCGGCUUAUUGGUGUUGGGUUGUCCGUUUGGACAUUUGCAGUAGCUGGAUGUGGAAUUUCGUUUGAUUUUUGGUCUAUUACAAUAUGCCGAAUGUUAGUUGGUGUGGGUGAGGCUUCCUUCAUAAGUCUUGCAGCACCAUUCAUAGAUGACAAUGCCCCUGUUGCACAGAAAACAGCAUGGCUUGCUACAUUUUACAUGUGUAUACCAGCUGGAACAGCUCUGGGCUAUGUUUAUGGUGGAGUUGUUGGAAGCCAAUUUCACUGGCGUGCUGCAUUCUGGGGUGAGGCAAUUUUGAUGCUUCCUUUUCCCAUUUUGGGUUUUGUAAUGAAGCCUUUGCAGUUGAAAGGUUUUGCUCCACUGGAAUCCAAGAAGACGAUAUCGUCUAUUGAAACAAAUGUUUCAGAACAUGGAGAGGUUUUCCUUAUAGAUGAUGGCGUGCUUGCUCAAGAUCAAGCCUUUAUCAGAGGAACCAGGUCAACAUCCAAAUUGAGGAAUCAGUUCACCAGAUUCUCAAAAGAUAUGCAGGAGCUUUUGUAUGACCAAGUGUAUAUUAUAAAUGUUCUAGGGUAUAUAUCGUACAAUUUUGUCAUUGGAGCUUACUCAUACUGGGGGCCAAAGGCAGGAUACAGUAUUUACCAUAUGAGUAAUCCUGAUUUGUUAUUUGGAGGUAUUACAAUUGUUUGUGGGAUUUUGGGGACAUUAGGUGGAGGCUUGAUUCUUGACAGGAUGACUUCAACAAUAUCUAACGCUUUCAAGCUUCUUUCUGGAGCAACACUUCUAGGCGCAAUAUUCUGCUUGGUUGCUUUCCUUUUCAAGAACUUGUCUGGGUUCAUAGUCUUCUUCUCUAUCGGUGAACUGCUGAUUUUCGCCACUCAAGCUCCUGUAAAUUAUGUUUCUCUCCGUUGUGUAAAACCAAGUUUGAGGCCGCUUUCUAUGGCAAUCUCUACUGUUUCAAUCCAUAUCUUUGGUGAUGUGCCUUCUGCACCACUCGUGGGGGUCCUACAGGAUCGUAUUAAUGACUGGAGGAAAUCAGCACUUUGUCUAACAUCCGUUUUUUUUCUUGCCGCCGGAAUAUGGUUCAUAGGGAUCUUUUUGAGAACUGUUGAUCUAUCUACUGAAGAUGAUGAGGACCAAUCUGCCACAAGUUUAAGAGGGAAAAUGAAGCCAUUGCUUGAAGGGAACAGUGAUGCUUCCAGUCAGGCCUAAUUUCUCAUGCACUAUGCUUACCAUUUGUACAUGACACAAGUGUAAAUUAUCUUUAGUCUCCUGAUUGUUCCUUCAAGGAGGGAAAAUCAGUAGUAUCUAUACUACAAUCAGUCAUAUGGAAGGAAAAUGGUGGAUGGUGGAAUGUGGGACUAGACUCUUUAAAUUGUAAAAAGGGAUGUAGGAUAACCUGUAUGUAUAUGUUUGGAGGAGUCUGACUAGAUUCUCAUCUCGCACGAGUUUGGAAAAAGAGAAUUGUUUAGGGUUUGGAUAGAAAUAUAGAACGAACUUGGCUGGCAAACACAACACUUCUCGUCGAUAAGAAGCACACGCAGAUAAAUACAUCAAUGAUUCAAUGCUUUUUGACACGAAA